GGGAGGCUCUUGUGGUUCCGUGUCCUGGUCUGCCACCCGCUGCCGGGAGCUGUGAGGAGAGCGGGGCGAGCUCGGUCUCCACGCCAUGGUGAGCGGGGCCGCCGUCCCCACGCGGGGAGGAGCCUUGGGAGACUGUGUGGGGUUCCUCCCGGGGUGCGGGAACCGGCGGUCAGACUCGCCGCCCGGCGUGAUUGCGUUUGUUCACCUGAGGUCCCUGCACCUCCGGAGCGGAAGCCGGACGUCUGACUUCGAUCCCGGGCUGCGCCUGCGCAGAGUGUGGGGCGCGGGUCCUGGAGUGAAAACAUCCUUGUUGCUGACGUCACCAUGCAGUGAGCGCCUCAGCUGCUUUUCCUGUGUCCAGGGAAGGCAGAUGUGCUGACAUGGAGAACCCUAGUUUCUCCGGUGUCUUCUACAAGUUCUGCACUUGGCACCUGAGGUUCUGAUGUAUGAUCCGUCCGCAGUUAAUUCUGUGCAGAUGCAAAGUGUUUGCCAUCGACACAGACUUGUAGAUGCCUUGACCGUCCAGUAACGUGUGUUAGUAAGGCCAGGCUCACUGGGUUUCCUGGCCUCUUUCAUCAACAUUUACUCUAUUUUAGUUGUGUGUUUUUUUUUCUUUUCUUUCUAAAUUUUCUCUCAUGUUCUGUUGAUCUCUAUUCUUUCCCAGGAAGUACUGUGCAGGCAGGUUUUCCCGGUUCUCUGAGAGAACUGGGUGGGGAGGGAAACAAGGGAUAAUAGCGAGCAAUCAGAGAAAAGAUACACACUUAAACCUGAGUUUGCAGGCCUCCAAUUGUUUAAUUUCUUCUUAGACAAGUUAGGGAAGGUUAUUUUAAGGAAGCCUGUAACCCCUCUAGAGGAGUUAGUGUAGAGGAGUAAAGCUUUGUUCUCUUUAUUUACUAAGACCAAACCUUCCUUGUUAGUUAGAAAAGACCUGUUCUGUCCCAUAGUAAGGAGAAGUCUGCCUGCUCCUUCUGCUCUCUGCAGCUCUUUUUUUUUUCUCUUCCCUCUGCAUUCUGUACAUUGCUCUCAUAGUUGUUUUUUUUUUUUUUUAUGUUAUCUAUGGUUUCUAAGUUGUUCCACUCUGUAUUCUCCUUCUAAUCUUGCUCUCUCUUUCUGUUCAGAUGUCACAAAAAUGCUCUUAUUCUCAUUGCCUAUAUGAUUUGAUUUAUGCCCCACAGGGUUGCCUUGGUCCAAUCUUUCCUUCUUUGUAAAGGAAAAGUGUAUUCUGAGCCCAUGCAUGUUGAGAAGUUAUACUUUUUGUUUAUUUUGAUUUAUAGAAUUUGUAUAUUUUGAGUUUAUAUGAUGUCAAAGUCAAGAGAUUGCCCUUAGUAUUCGACGAAACUUUAGACAUUUAAACAGUGUUGGGACUGUGAUAUAAUAUGGAGAUCUUUGAAAUGAGAAUAAUUACAUUUUGAAUUAUUGCUAGACUAGGAGCCUGUGAUGGUUUGAAUAUGCUUGGCCCGUGGGAAGUGGCACUAUUAGGAGGUUAGAGCCUCAUCGGAAGAGGUGUGGCCUUGUUAGAGGAAGAGUGUGACUAAGAGGGUAGGCUUUACGGUCUGCUACAGCUCAAGCUUCACCCAGUGUAGAGAGCCUUUUCUUAGCUGCCUGUGGAAGAAAGUCUCCUGGUUGCAAUUGGAUCAAGGUUUAGAACUCUCAGCUCCUCUAGCGCCCUGUCUGCCUGCAGGCUGCCAUGCUUUCUGCCAUGAUGAUAAUGGACUGGAUCUCUGAAACUGAUGCAGUGACCUAUGAGGAUGUGCAUGUGAACUUCUCUCGGGAAGAGUGGGUUUUGCUGGAUCCUUCUCAGAAGAGUCUCUACAAAGAUGUGAUGCUGGAAACCUACUGGAACCUUACUUGUAUAGGCUACAAAUGGAAAGACCACGAUAAUGAAGAAUAUUGUCAAAAUUCUGGAAGACAUGGAAGGUGUAUCAACUGUCCCUCUGCAUAUGGAAAGAAGCAGUGUACCAAUCUCUUUCCUAGAACAAUUAGAAGAAGAUAUGUAGUCACCCCCUUUGUGAGAAGAGGAGGUGAAUGUGAUACAAGUUUACAAGUACUUGGUUUUCCAGCCUCAGUGGGAAUACAUCAAAAUACUGACCUUGGAGAAAAGCCCUCUGCGGACAAAGAAAGUGGAAAACCUCUUGUCUGUCCUGGUUCACUUUGCACAUGUAGUGUGACUCACACUAUAGGAGAAUGUUGUGAAUGCAAUCAGUGUGGUAAAGCUCUGAGUUCUUCCUGUUCUCUUCAGAGACGUGACCAAACUCAUAUGGGAAAAGGAAGUGAUAAAUGUGAGCCAAGUAGUAAAAGCUUAACCCAUCCCAGGUAUCUUCAAAUACAGAAGACGGCCUAUAAUGAAGAGGACCUCUAUGUGUGGAAUCAAUGUGGUAAAUCCUCUUUACAGCUACACCGAAGAACUCAUUUGGAAAUGAAAUACUCUGAAUGUAAUCAAGGAGAUAAAUCCUUUGCAUUUUACAAUCAUCAUCAAGUAGGUAGAAGUAAUACUACAGAAAAAAAUUAUGAGUAUAACCAAUGGGGUAAAGCUUUUUCGUAUCCCAGUUAUCUUCAAGUUCAUGAAACAAUUCAUACUGGAAAGAGUCCCUAUGAAUGUAAUCAAUGUGGGAAAACCUUUGCAUAUAAAAGUCAUUUUCACAAGCAUGAAAGAAUUCAUACUGGAGAGAAACCCUAUGAAUGUAAUCGAUGUGGUAAAGCAUUUUCAUCUAACAGUAAUCUUCAAAGGCAUGAAAGAAUUCAUACUGGAGAAAAACCCUAUGAAUGUAGUCAGUGUGGUAAAGCCUUUGCAUAUCGCAAUAGUCUUCACAUUCAUGAAAGAAAUCAUACUGGAGAGAAACCUUAUAAAUGUUAUCAGUGUGGAAAAGACUUUGCAAGUAACAGUAAUCUUCAAAUACACAGAAGAGUUCAUAGUGGAGAGAAGCCCUAUAAAUGUUUUGAAUGUGGUAAACAUUUUUCAUGUAACAGUCACCUUCAAAUGCAUGAAAGAAUUCAUACUGGAGAAAAACCCUAUAAAUGUAAUCAAUGUGGGAAAACCUUUGCAUAUAGCAGUAGUUUUCACAUGCAUGAAAGAACUCAUACUGGUGAGAAACCUUAUGAAUGUAAUCAGUGUGGUAAAGCCUUUGCAUAUUGCUGCCAUCUUCAAAGGCAUGAAAGGUGUCAUACUGGAGAAAAACCCUAUGAAUGUAAUCAGUGUGGUAAAGCCUUUGCAUAUCUCAGUAGUCUUCACAAGCAUGAAAGAAAUCAUACUGGAGAGAAACUCUUUGAAUGUAAUCAAUGUGGCAAAGUCUUUGCAUGUCUCAGUACUCUUCAAGAGCACAAAAGAAUUCAUACUGACAAAAUCCCCAAGGAAACUAAUAAAUGAGGAAUAGUCUUGGGUAACACACUCAUUUCCCCCACUGAGCUCUCUCACUAGUGUUUAAGAAUAGUAGAACUAUUCCAUCAUUAACAUAUUGUCUCCUUUUCAAAUUGUAGGCAUAUUGUCAUCUAAAAAUACAUGAACACAGGCCAAUUUGAAUAAUCUACUUUCAAUUCAAAAUGACAUUUAUGUUGUCAUUUAUUAUCUUUUGUAUUUUAUUAGUUUAUUCUGAGGCCUAAAACUUGUUCUUACCAUUUUCUCAGAAACACAAAUGAAAGCCAGAGAAUUGUAACAGGGAAUAAAGAUGGUUGCUGCUAA